CAACGACAGACACGCUUCACGCUGCACUACCACCACCACCACCACCACCAUCACCACCAUCACCACCACCACCACCGAUCUUCAUCGCCGACGACCACGCCUCCCCAUCUCCGAGUAGCGCGUGGAAGGUGGCCUCUCACCAGCCUCCCACAUAUCUCGUGCAUUGAGAAAAGCGUCAAGUCCUUGGAUACUUCGUGGUCGUGUUAGCGGAUCGUCGCUUCAGAGUGGAAAUAGACGGGACCGUCGCAUCUAAUCAUCGACACCGCCAUACAUUAACACCUGUGUCAGCCGCCUCACGAGGACGCGCGAAGAGCUGGACACCACCACAGCAUGUACAACGCGCAUCGAGGCAUGGCCCCUGGGCCGCAGCCUGGCGCAAUCCGGCCUGGCGAAAGACUAGCUGAGCUGCUCGAUCAAGUUCGCGCGGAAUUUGAGGCCCAUACUCAACGGUCCAACGAGAAUGAACAUUCAUUACAUGCUCAAAUCCAAGAGAUGGAGCUUGUUCGCACAAAGAUCUACCAGCUGGAAGCGUCCCAUCUCGCUCAGAAACAGAGAUACGAGGAGGAGAUCAAUCGACUGAAGCACGAGCUGGAGCAGAGAGGUGGCCCUCCUCAAGGUCCGCACUCUGCUCCAUCACAACCACCUCCACCAGCGAUUGGCCAUGGACCAGCUAAUUUGUUCCAAGGUAUCAUGGCUGGAGGUCAAAGUGCACCGGGGCUUGCUCCACCACCAACGGAAGGGCAAGGCCAGCCUGGUAUGCCAGGUCACAUGCAAGGCCAAGGACCACCAGGCUUGAACCAGCCUCCGCUACAACCACACAACCCAUUCGCUUAUGGAGGUCCCCAGCAACCAGGUCCACCAGGUCUCAAUGGCUACGGCGGACAGCCUCCACAGCCGACAUCGUCCCCUGGCGGCAGCAAGCCACGCCUUGGUGGUGCAGGACCUCUUCGCGGACCAGCCACUCCGCAACAAAACCCAGCGGCUGCCUACCCGGGUAGUCCUCACCCCAUUACUCGUCCUACGCCUCCACCAGGUCAAGCGCACAGAGAUCCCCAUCAUCAGAUUGCCCCGGACUUUGCCUACACACCUGCCCAGCUGGAUCAGAUUGGCAACCAGCUGGCCGAGUACGACCCUGAGAAGCUUCCACCACAUCUCAAAAAGCAGGGCGAGGAUUGGCACGCAGUGUUCAACCCGAAGAUGCAGCGCAGACUCGAUGUUGACCUAGUCCACAACUUGGCUCAUCAGAGCGUAGUCUGCUGCGUACGCUUCAGCGCAGAUGGUCGCUUCGUCGCAACAGGGUGCAACAGAGCUGCACAAAUCUUUGAUGUCAACAGCGGCAAGCAGGUGUGCCACCUGCAGGACAACAACACUAGCGCGGAAGGAGAUCUUUAUAUUCGCAGCGUGUGCUUCAGCCCCGAUGGAAGGUAUCUCGCCACUGGUGCUGAGGACAAGAUCAUCCGCGUCUGGGACAUCCAACAACGUGUGAUCAAACAUCAAUUUGCUGGUCACGACCAGGACAUCUACUCUCUAGACUUUGCAUCUGACGGCAGAUACAUCGCAUCCGGAUCUGGAGACAGGACAAUAAGAUUGUGGGACUUGCAGGACGCUCAAUGUGUCCUCUCGCUUCAGAUAGAGGACGGCGUGACCACUGUAGCCAUGUCACCAAAUGGUCGCUACGUCGCUGCAGGUUCCUUGGACAAGAGUGUCAGAAUUUGGGAUACCCAGACUGGUGUGCUUGUUGAACGCACGGAAGGCGAGCAAGGCCAUAAGGACUCCGUCUAUUCUGUGGCGUUCUCACCUAACGGGGAGCAUUUGGUGUCUGGAUCACUCGACAAGACCAUUCGCAUGUGGCGGUUGAACCCGCGAGGCGGCUAUCCCUCAAUGGGUGGCGCUGUUGCUCCGCAGCACCCCAAGAGCGGCGAGUGUGUGCGCACCUUCGAGGGCCAUAAAGAUUUUGUCCUGUCAGUGGCCUUGACGCCUGACGGAAAUUGGGUUAUGUCUGGUUCAAAGGACCGUGGUGUGCAAUUCUGGGACCCAAACACGGGCGAGGCUCAGCUCAUGUUGCAGGGUCACAAAAACUCUGUCAUCAGCGUGGCACCAUCACCCCAAGGAACCCUGUUUGCCACCGGCUCGGGCGACAUGAAAGCUCGCAUCUGGCGCUACGUGCCAUAUACAGGACCUGUGUAGACGCAUACGUUCUGCAGUGUUUUGUAUGAUCUCUAUUUACUAAGAUAUUUCCUGCACUUAGCACCCGAGGAGUCAAAUGUUCACACAUGGGUUGGCGAUGUGGAGUAGGACCGGAGACAUGUCUUGAGCAGGUCGAGCUGUGGCAGUCAGAGGGUCGACCGAUGCAGCACUCCAGGGAGCGGUGAUUGUGGAAUUUGUGGUCAUAAUCUGCGAGCCGGGCUCAGCGCGUCGUGAAUCUCCAUGGCCGGGAUUCGAAAUUAUGCCGAUGAUAUCAUGGGUGGGAUCGCUUCCAAUGACUACUGACUGACCUCGCCUCAUGGCUCAUGAAGCGGGCAGGCAGGCAGGCCCAGGCAGAGCGACGCAGCCGUGGGCGCACCUUUUGUUGAUGUGUCUCUUGUUGAUGUGUCCCCGAGGGAUCCGAUAGUAGGUAGGUAAAUACAGAAGUAAAGCAAGACUCCUUAGACUG